UCCCUCACUACAAACUUCCAAUUUGAAAACAAGCAGCCACAGUUUUCAUCCUUCCCUGCAAGGCUUCCACUUACUACAGGCAAAUUCCCUGGAAUGGGAAGCAGGUUCGCAACUCGCGCAGUCCCCGGAGAUCCGCCGGCUAAGGCACUCCGGCGUCUCCUAGAGUCCCCUGGUAUUCAUCAAGCUCCCGUCUGUCACGAUGCUCUCAGCGCUAAGCUCGUGGAACGGGCCGGCUUCCCGUUGGCCUUCAUGGGCGGGUUCGCUGUCUCAGCUGCUAGGUUGGGUUUGCCAGAUGUUGGGCUUAUUUCCUAUGGAGAAGUUCUAGAUCAGGCAUAUCAGAUCACACAAAGUGUAUCUAUUCCUGUGGUUGGAGAUGGAGACAAUGGGUAUGGGAAUUGUAUGAAUGUCAAGAGAACUGUGAAAGGCUUCAUUAGAGCAGGAUUUGCGGGGAUCCUUCUUGAGGACCAGUUGUCACCAAAAGCUUGUGGACAUACACGUGGACGGAAAGUGGUUUCAAGGGAAGAGGCGGUGAUGAGAAUAAGAGCUGCAAUUGAUGCUCGGGAUGAAAGCGGAUCUGAUUUUGUCAUAAUUGCACGUACUGAUUCCCGUCAAGCUGUAUCCUUAGACGAAGCAUUCUGGAGGACGAGAGCCUUUGGUGAAGCUGGAGCAGAUGUUCUUUUUAUUGAUGCACUUGCUUCUGUAGAAGAGAUGAAGGCUUUCUGCCAGAUAUCGCCUUCAAUUCCAAAAUUGGCCAACAUGCUAGAGGGUGGAGGAAAAACACCAAUAUUGAGCCCAACUGAACUCCAGGAUAUAGGAUAUAAGCUUGUGGUGUAUCCGCUGUCCUUGCUUGGGGUAUCAAUCCGGGCCAUGGAGGAUGCACUGACUGCUUUAAAAGGUGGCCGCAUUCCUCCUCCUGGGACAUUACCAACUUUUGAAGAGAUAAAGGAAACAGUUGGGUUUAAUGAGUAUUACGAAGAGGAAGAACUGUAUAAAUCAGCUGGUGUCCAUCCAUCCUACCAAGGAGGCCAAAGAGCAGAGAGAAUAAAUGAACCUGUAGUUGAGGCACUCAGUCAAUUGGAUGGCGGAAGUAAGUCUGGUGAUUCUAAUGACCGCUCAUCUGGUAUAUGGUCUCAGACUCUGAGAUUAAAAGUCACAGGAAGCAAUGGAUUUGAGAAGCUUGACGUUCGUAUUCCGGCCGGGUUCUUAGAAGGGAUGGCCAGCAUAAUUCCAGGCUUGGGUGGAGUAAAUGUUAUUGAACUUUUAGAAAAUGCUUCACAGGAGAGCACACCUGAGAAAGGGAAAUUGCUUCUAGAAUUCAAUGGUGCAUUGGGUGAUAAGAUUCAGGUUUUUGUGGAAUAAGCUGCUCCCUUCUUCUCCUCUAAACGCUGUGUUUUUAUUUGGUAUUUAUACAUGUUUUUGUGUAUGAUACAUAUGAGCAUAACUAUCACUCCAUAAGUAAUAAAACUUGAGUUUGUGGCUUGCA